ACCGAUAUCAUACUGUUAAUUGGUUAUCUAGUAAGUCGGAGCUGCUGAAUUCAAAGAAGGAAAUGACUAAAUCGAAGCUGCUGAAUUCAUUCAUCGGUGCUGAAGGCGCUGCUCUUUUUCGUCGACGACUAUGAUCGGCGGUUUUGAUUGCGGCUGAAAAGGUUCUUAUCGACAACACAGAGGAUAGAGACUCAGGAAAAGAGAAUCCAUCUGUUUCAGGAAAAGAAAACAAGUCACAGUCACAUUUAUGUGCCAUAUUAUUCAAAAGCUGGUUUUGUGACCACUGAUCCACAUCAUCCAUUAUACAGAGACUGUUGAUGGCUAGUUGUUCGUUUCUCUUCCCUCCGGUAGGUAAAGAAUAAAGUUGCAGGCUGUCCUCAACUCUGCUUUCACUUUACACCUUCUGGUGGAUUGCUGCAAUGAUAAGAAGUCAUGAUAAGGAUUCCAAGCUACUUAUCUGGAAGUAUUACACUCUCUUUUUAAUCAUUGGUAAGAUUUUUCCUUCUCUACUCUCCCAUGGUCAAAGUCGUCACUGUUUCUGGGAUUCCUCAACCCUCAAUCUAGUAGUGUAUUUCUUCAUGGGACCUCACUAAUAUCAUAUAGUUUUAGCCAUACGAAUCUGAAAAUAAGUUAUUCUUUUGUUUUGUUUUAUUUUCAACUUGUUGCUUGGAAACAACAUCUAGUGUAUUUCAUGUGUCUAGUUGUUGUGCUGAGUAGUGGCUGAAAACACUAUGCUACCAUAGCCAAAUUCAGAAUCUUUUUUUUGGUGAGUUUGAUGGCACAAAUAAACCUGGACUAUAUCCAAAUACUAGAUUCAGAAUCAGCUAUAAUAAUUCUCAGUUCACAGCUCAUGUAGACCUGUAUUGGUGCAUCAUGUUUAGCCAUUUAGGGUAGACAAGACUUCAAGUGUUCUUGUGCUAACACAGUUACAUAUAUGUUAGAGAUGUGCCAAGAGCACAGGUAACAGGUUCACAUGUCUUCCUUAUUCAAAUCAUCAUCUGCUCAAAUCAAUAUUUCAUUUGUAUCACUCAGAAAUAGACAUCGACUGUAUGACUUGCAAGUAUACUAACAUAGCAGCCUUCUUUAUCCACAGGGCAGUAGGGGAUUUGUGAUAUUUCCAUUUAUCACUUGGAGGUCUCUCCAAGAAUAUCAUACUAUGCUGGCAAAAGUUACAGAUAGUUAUAUCAACUAGUGGGUACCCAAAUUAUUAAGAAGUGGCAAGUCAGUAAAGUAUUUUGAGGAUAAGAACACCUUGUACCAUAGUGCAUGAAUAUGGCAAAUUCUAGUAAAUGACUCACUUAUAGUAUCUUGCAUGUACCCCACCCACAGGGGAGUAUCCAUGGUUAGGUGAUUGGCCUCUUGCCUUUACCCCCCACCUCCACCACAUCCCACCCACCCAUGAGGGGACAUCCAUGAUUAGAUGAUUGGUCAGUACUAAAAAAUAAUCUAGCAUUUAAUUCCAAUAAUAGUAUACUGGUUAACUAUUUGGUAUUGGCUUGGCAACCACAAGUCACUUCAUUUUUUGUGAAGUUUGGAAGAUCGUAUGUUUUUAUUUUACUCUAAUCGGGUAGAAGAGGAAUAAAUGUAUCUCUAUUUCUACCAAAAUAAGUAUCAAUUUCUUUUAUUGUAUAUAAAAAGACUUUGUGCGAUAAAGAAAAGAGUUAAGAGCUUCGAUGUAAAACACUCUACUGUUCUGUGCGUGACAUUCACAUAUAGGAUAUUUAUUAAACCACCCUUUUCAAUCCAGUUAGUUUUAACUUAAUUUUUUUAAAGCAUUUUGUGCUCUUAAUCUCUCUGUGUGUGUUUGUGUAUCAUUGAAUCAUUAUAAGUCCAAGUUUUAGAGAAGCAUGACAUAUGUACAUGUGGUGAGAUCGUGAAAACUCUCACAGCUGCAAUACAUUCUUGUGUGUGCAUGUGUGUUUUGUUCCUAUCCAAGAUUACAUACAAAAACUAGACGUGGCACUGGGGGACCUUCCUUGAAUCUUUUUCCCCCAGUUAUGCAUAGAAUAUUUAUCCUAUAUAACUGUAUGCCAUUGUAACUCUUUUCCUAUUAUAAACCAUACACUUCAACCAUUUUCCUUUUCACUUUCUUUCUUCUUAUUCUAUACAAUGGAACGCCAAGCUGCCUAUUUGAGGAAUGCUUUAUUUGAUCAGGGAUAUCUUGAUGAACAGUUCCUUCAACUGGAAGAUUUGCAAGACGAAACCAACCCUCACUUUGUUGAAGAAGUGGUCAAGCUAUUCUACACUGACUCGGUCCGACUAAUACAAAGCAUUGAACUGACACUAAAAAACACCCCUCGGGACUUCGAGAAACUGGAUAAGAUCAUGCAUCAGUUCAAGGGUAGCAGCACUAGCAUUGGCGCCAAAAAGGUCAAGAAGGAAUGCACACAAUUUCAAGAAUACUGCAAUGUUGGCAACGUUGAAGGGUGCAUUAGGGAAUUCCAAGAGGUAAAACAAGAGCAUGCAGCCCUCAAGAGGAAGCUUGAGAAUUAUUUUCAGGUCUUUCACGUUGUGCAUCUUGCAAGAGAAGCUCGUUAAGUCACUUACAUAACGAUUAUAGUGAUGCCAAAUAGCUAUAAUGUAACCUUUUUAUAGAAAAAAAUAAGCUUCGAAAUGUAUGUAAGCAAGUGAUCAGUUCAACUUAAUGUCAUUUGCUGAUUUAUUUCAUCCCUAAAUUGGAAAAUUUUAUUUC